GUUUAAUAGCUGGCAAUCACGACGUAGCCGCAUUUCUUCGUGAUCGCUCCUUCACGAGAGAGCAACUUCCUGUUUCCAUUCACUCCCGAUCGCUAGCGUUCGCCAAUUAGUGAACGAGUCGUCGUGUCGUCGAGGAAAACGGUCGAGGACUCACGCGGGACGGUCGUUGCAUUUUCACCGGCUGGAGGAGUCUCGUUCGUAUCUUGUUUGGAGGGAGGAGGUAUCGAGUGCGUAACAGAGACAGAGAAACAGAGAGCGAGUGAGAAGAACACGAAUCGUCCAGUCGUGCAAGUGGCGGAAGGAGAAGGGAGAACCAGAAGAAGAGAGAGAGAAGGUUUAUCGAACGUUCGCGUGCGGUAAAGCGAGUUAGCUAGCCUGCACACGUCCAACACCGUAGCGAGGAGGAGUGUGACCGAGACAGACGUUGUACAGAGACAGAGAGGGAGAGAAAAAUGCCUCCCACCCACGACCAUGAGGGAAAAGAGGGGCGCUAUAAAGAGUAUGCCUAUAGCCCUGUACCAGAGAGUGCCAGUUCAGCGGUGUACGAUUCAACCACCCUUGGAAAAUAUACCGAGUUUGGUACCGGUUCACCGAGCUAUCGUUUCAAGAACGGUGUCCUAGAAAAGUGUCGUGACUCAGAUAUGACGGAAAAGGGUUCCACGCUACUACAGUAUGUCGCUGCGGCUGCAGCGAAUCUGUGCUGCGUGUCGGCUGGUGCUAUGUUGGCAUGGACCAGUCCGAUAAAAGCGAAACUUCAGGACAGCUUAGACGACAAUCCACUCGGCGUGAAGAUCACCGAUGACGAAAACUCUUGGAUAGGAUCGUUGGUGGCUGUUGGUGCGAUGAUUGGCAGUUUUAUCGCUGGAUACAUGGCAGAAAGAUGGGGCAGAAAGAAGACUCUUCUGGCCGCCGUAAUUCCAUUCACGCUCGGCUGGAUCCUAGUCGCAUCCGCCAAGGUGGUUUUCCAACUCUACGUGGCCAGAAUCAUCCUCGGCAUCGGUUUAGCGUUCGCUUUCACGGUCGUUCCUAUGUACUGCGGUGAGAUCGCCGAGAUAUCCGUGAGAGGUGCUUUGGGGUCCUUCCUACAGCUGUUCGUCACCUUCGGCUUGCUCUACUCUUACUCCAUCGGUCCGUACGUCUCUUACCUGGUGUUCUGGAUCUGCUGCGCCGCCGUACCAUUCGUAUUCUUCGCCGUCUUCAUGACUAUGCCCGAAUCACCCUACUUCCUACUGAAAAUCGGCAAAAGAGAAGAGGCGGUGCAAGCUUUGGCCAGGUUGAGGAGUAAAUCGCCGGCCAGCGUGCAGAAGGAAGCUGACGAGAUGCAGGCUGCAGUGGAAGAGGCGUUCAGGGAAGAAACGAACUUCUCCGACCUGUUCACCGUGAAGGCGAACCUCAAGGCUCUGAUCUACACUUGCCUACUAGCCUCGUUCCAGCAGCUCAGCGGUAUCAACGUGGUCCUAUUCUACAUGGGUAACAUUUUCGAGAGCGCUAAAUCAUCGCUGCCCAGCCCGAUAGCCACUAUCAUCGUCGCCCUCGUGCAAACUUGCGCCUCAGCCGUGACACCGGUGGUCGUUGACAGGCUUGGCAGGAAGGUUCUCCUGAUUUUCUCUGGCAUCGGUGAAAUCCUCACCAUGGGCUCGUUGGGUCUGUACAUGUACCUGCAAGACACGGCGCACGCAGACGUCAGCGGUAUCUCCUUCCUCCCCGUAUUAUCUCUGGUCGUGUUCAUCUCGACGUACAGCGUCGGCUGGGGUCCUCUGCCGUGGACCGUGAUGGGCGAGAUGUUCACGUCGAACGUGAAAUCGAAAGCCUCCGGUAUCACCGUCUGCAUCUGCUGGUUGAUGUCCUUCAUGACCACGAAAUUCUCCACGAAUCUGGCAUCGGUCGCAACGUGCGCGCCCUACUGGCUGUUCGGAAUCUUCUGCUUGCUGAGCGUGCUGUUCACGAUAUUCGUGCUGCCCGAAACGAAGGGCAAGAGCGUGCAAGAGAUCCAAGACGAGCUGAACGGCGUGAAAUCAUCGCUGCCCGUGUUCGAGGGCUCGGGCAAACAUUGAAAUAAACAGUAUUACGGUUCGUUCGCGUACCAAAAUCUCAACAUCGAUCGUGGAACUGUUCUUCCUCCUCAGCUAUUCAUUUCUACGUAAAACGCGUCUCUUCAUACUGCCAAAGACCACGGAUCACGAUUCUGGGAUCCUUUAUUCUUCUCUCACACACCGCACGCGCGGGAUCAAAGGACUCAUGAACGUGUCGGGUGCGGACACUGGUUUCUCUUCGUUCGUUUAGGAUCGUAGAAACGUGUCGGGUCGACACAACCGCUCACGAUUAAUCUAGGUGUACGUGUUUAAUUGUACGAUAAGAAGCGUGAAUUGCGAUGCAAUAUAUAUACUUUUAUUGUUAAUAUUUUAACAGUGAAGUAAAGAUGGAAACGCGACAGAUUUCGACGUGAUUUUUGUUCGAUGUUACGUAUAUAUAUACAGAUAGGAUGAUAUUUCGUUUGACGAAGUUUCUCAACACCAAACAGCAAGGUGAAAAAGCAACUUGUAGAAAUUAUUCGAACACCACGCUUCUGAAUUGUUUCUACAUAUCCUUUUCUCUCUUUCUUUUUGUAAGAAAGUUGUAAUAAAAUUUGAACAAAAAAAAAAAGGUUGAAUAUUGUUCAGUUUUGGUCGAGUUUCAAUUAUUCGUAUUUAUCACUAAUCGUCUGUGGUAGAAAAAAUUGAAGAGUGUAAUUAAUGGACUUGACAAAAAGAAGGGGGGAGGGAUGAAGAAACAUCGAACGAGACUCGAUAAUUGUAAAUCUGUCCUGUUUCGUGCCUCUAAUAAUAGUCUCUAAAGGUAUUUAUUUCCUGACAAGCCUUGGCUGUUCGAACGUUGUACGCGUCGUUUCCUUUGUACGUAACGUUCUCGUAACACGAUCCUCCGUGUAAUCCCCCAAAAAGUAUGAUAAUAUUUAAUUAUUUAACGGCCGUAUUUGAUGCACACGCGUGCACGCGUGUAUGUGUCCUUUUGUAUGCAUGCACAAACGACGAUGAACGAGUUACCGCCACGUUCGCAGAAAAGAAAAACAAUCGCCUUUUUCGUUUUCUCGAUCGAUCGAGGAAUGCGCUGUUAAGGAAAAAUCGCUACAGAUCCGCGCGUGAAAUCGUGUAUAUACGUAUAUGUACAAAACCGAGACAGGCGAGCGAAUUACACGUGUACGAUCGAUUCUUAUCGCUCAACAAUCAUACCGGAGGCAUGCUCGCGGCGGACAGAGACGAACAUAGAGGGGAAAAAAAUAGGGAAUGACGCAAUUGGAAUUUUUUCGAGACGAUCGAUUUGCCAGACAUCGUGAAAAACCGCCGGGAUUCACUUUGAUCGGGAUCAGAGGCGAUUUAAAGAGAUUGAUUAGAGAAAUAACGAGUGAACAAUUAUAUUCCUAUUUUACACGCGAUUAAUUACAAGAUUUAUGGCAACUCACGUUUCUUCCAGUUUCUCGUGGUAUUUGUAUUCUCAUCGAUAUACUUUGCAAUAUUGUGGGAUAGGAGCUUCCACGUGGAGCAAAAGGAGCAACGACAGAAGCUCGAUCAAGUAGGCGUUUUGGCUAUGCGCGUGGAGUCUGGGCUGCCGUUCCGGAGGUCUCGAGUUCGAUUCUUCAUUUUAAUCCGUCAAGUUUUUUUCGGCCCUACAAUAUUCUAUCGUGACGAAAAAUGCUAGUUUUCGUAGUAUUUCAAUUUCUGUGGCCAAAGAAACUGGAGAACGAGGAGUUUUCUGGGAACGAAAGUCUGUAAUUCUUCGAAAUUAAAAUCAGUUAUUUCUCACGAUUUGUUGGAAUGGAGAGAAAGGAGGUUCGUACUAUUAUUGAGGAUCGAGCGGAAGUGCAUGGCACGUUUUCCUGUUUCUUUCAUCCCUGUAUAUACGAUUUAGUUGCGUAGAAACCAUUGUACUAUUAUCACCCUUCCUAUAAGUAUUUCCUUAGGCAGGCUGUCUUCUAUCCUUCGUGUUAGAAAACAGCAUUUCGCGUUUAAGUGUUAAGUUCGAAAAAAACGCCAGUGUAAAUGUUCACUAUUUGAAAUCGUAACGCAAGUUCCAUCAGGAGUAUCGCUUAGAUUUCCACCGUCAAUAAUUCAUGUUAAGCGAAUCCAGCAACGGCUGUACUUAUCUUCGGCUCACUCGGUUACGUUACCAAAGAUCGACAGGUCGAUUCGAUUUUCCUAAGGUGUGAAAGAGUUCCGACGAUUUCAAUUGUCGACGAGAUUCGUGCAUCGCGUGACUCGUGUCUUCACCUGGUUUCUUGUCGGCAAGCGACGAGUGUGUCUUUCGUUUGCAUUUAACGCGUGAACUGUUUGUCUGUUCUCGAGGAUGUGCCAAAGCGUGUCGUUGUAACACUGAUCGCUGAGAGGAGACACAUAUCGACGUUGUAAUUUAUUCGAGCGUGACAUAUCUUCGAGGCGCAAUGGAAAAAGAUCCUAGUACAAACGUGCGUGUCAAACGGUGAUUAUGAAAGUGAUCUAAGUGCAAAAUCUGAAAAAGUGCGAAAUUUCUAACUUACCUAAAUAAUCUAAGUGUAAAAAAUUAAAAAGAUAUGAAAUUUCUAACUUCCUUCGGUGAUCCAAGUGAAAAAUCUAAAAUUUAUCGCUUGUUUCACGUUGCAUGGAUCUUCUCGCGAAACAAAAUUUGAUACAAAUAUUUUUCAACUACGCUCAAUGUACCAGUGGUCCAAAUAUCUCGCCGCCCCCACUUUCAUAAUCACACAUACCGAACGAUACGCGUAGAAGAAGCUGAAGAAGAGAUUUUCAAUCACGAUCUAACGAACAAUUCGAGCGAAAACGAAGGAGCAACGAAUACGGUCGUGUGUACUUGUUUAAUAACUAAGAACGAUCGAAGUCGGUCGAUCGACGGUAUGCAUAUUCAUCGGGAUGAAAAGUCGAGGCUCGGACGGUGUAUCAAGGUCGGAAUUUCUGUUCGAGACGAAAAAUAUUGUUGCAACAUUGAAUUUGAAUUUGCAUUCGACGACCACUUCCACGCUUACUCAGUUCGAGGUAAGCAACUGGCUUGUCGUUCCGUGAGAUCAAUUCCUCAGGAUGUUCCUCGUGGCUUCUUCGAGCAGUGAGACUCAAGAAGAAAAGAGAAAAGGAAAAGUCUAAAAUGGUCCCAAAUGGGCAAAAUAUUUUUCAAUCGUCCCGGUGUACGGAGUAUCCAAUUGGAAAGGAGAUCACAGAUGAGAGAACGUAUCGUCUAUUCUUCUACUUCUUGUUACUUUUUUCCUCCGUUUAAGCAGCGAGUUCGUAGAAAAAAGGAAAGAAUAAAUUGAAGAAACGCGCAUUGUUCGAGAGGGGCCUUUGAAGUGAUGCACAAUUAGACAGAUCAGACGAUAACGAUUUUCCACGCGAUUGUGAGCCAAGUAGAUUUAAAAUAGAGAAUGACGAUGUUUUUAUACGAGCCAACGAGAGAGUGUGAUAACGAUUUAUGUGUAAUCGUACAAAGGAAAUCGAGCUGUUUCUCUUCGGUAUAAUUCUAAACCGCCGAUACUUCAGAUAAUAAUAUAUAUGUAUAUAUUAUAUACCUAUUAUAUACAUACAUAAGUAUACAUAUUUUUUAUCCAUGUAGAUCGUCAUCCGCCGCGACUGUAUACGUUGUAUAUUGAUACGCAUUGCACUGCGUAGUGUAAUUAUGAAAUUACUUUUGUUACGGGUAAAAUAUAAAUUAUAACUUUGAAGUAUUACCAGUUA